AUGGAAUCGCUCGUCUAUGAGAACUCGCCUUUGGCGGACUACCUCCAGGGGGAAGGCGAACACGACCCAAACUGGCCUGUCAAGGAGACAGACCAUAGCGAUGAUUUCUCCGACUCUACGGCUGCGGAUUUUGCCCCACGAGGAGUUUCGAAAUUCCAGGAGCGUAUUCGGAAUAAACUACCCAAGCCCCUUGACCGGAAAGUCUCGCGACAGCGGGCAGCUCUGGGUCGACUCUAUGAUGUUUGCACGUCUGCUCUGAACUCUCGCGUUGGACGAAGCGACAACGAAAGAUUCCUGGAACAGUUCGGCUAUGUCAUCGUUGCGUCUCAGCUGCUGAACGAACACUCUGCGCCCUCUUACACAUCAGCUGCAGAUGUGAUGUCUACGGCUCUUCCAGCAGACCUUCCGUCUAUCUCCACCACGUUUGGCAUACAAGGUGCUGUUGUCACGGCCUCGACUUCUUUCUCCGUAGCUUGGUUGUUACAUUGGAGCCGGUCUCGAACCUCGUCUGGUCUUAACCCUCGGAAAGUCGGAGUUUUGUUGGUUCUCGUGCCUGUAAUUGGGGUUCUGUUUUAUGCGUUCGCCAAGCGACAGUGGCUUAAAUAUUUGCGUCAUCAAGCUGUUGACGCAGCUGUGACUUUUAUCAGCAACGCUCAAGGGUUUGACUCUGCCGCUUCCGCAUCGGUUGUAUUCAUACAGGAAACGCAAACGCGACGAUGUCUGAGACUGCGCCGAACUGUGUCGGAGUCGUUCUAUCUCAUGCUAGGCCAGUACAUCCGGGCCCAACAUACCCUACGCCCACUUACCGAUGCCGCCAACCUCGCCAAGUAUUACGAUAUCUACGAUAUAUCAGAGGAGGAGCUUAUGGAGGCCCAGGCAGCGUUCGAUGAGCGAGCCACCGAAGAUCAGUACUCUCUACGCGCCCUUCGCACACUUUUCGGAAGGCUUUACAUCGUGAGAAAGAGCAUCCUCUGUUGUCUUCUCGCGCUCGGCGCGGAUGGCGGCGGGUCCGAUAUUGCUAGAUGGACCACGGCAGUUGAGCAGAUGCGGGACCUGGCCCAUGUGACCGGCGAGAACAUCCACAAGAUGACCAACAUCCUCAACGAGGACGAUCGUAAGUACCACUCCUCAACAGAAUCCAUGCCAGAGCUAAUCAUCGUGCCAGGUGAUGUCAUCCCCCCUUCUCCGCUACCAACAGCUUCGCCCAACAAGGACAAUCUCCGUGCACAAUACCGAAAUAUCAAUUCGCUCUCCCAGGGAAUUCGUGCGCUUCACGCAAAGAUGCACAUCCUCAAGGAGGCAUCUAGCUCUAAUCUCGAGCGACCGGAUGCUGGUGAAUUCGAGGCGAGCCUCAUGCCUCAGUAUGAAUCGAUUGGAGCGGACAUUAGAAGCCUUCUCCAGGAGUGGGAGUCGGGCAAAUCCGCAUUGAUGAGUAGUUUGGAAAAACCCGCAAAUCCGGAAUUUUCGCGACCCUCGAGCUUUUUGAAAACACCCCUGUCACCCACACCCAGCCUUGGGGGCUCCACUGCAGUCGAGGGCAGCCCUGCAGACGCCCUUCGAGCGUUGACUGGCGAAACCACAGAUCCCAGCAUCGUUCAUACACUAGAUGAUGAGGAGGAAAUUUUUGAAGCUGUAGCUCUUCCGGCUCGGAACAAGAGGAUGUCAUUAACCCGAGAAGAACGAAUCGCGCGAGUCAAGGAAGAUAGAGCACGACAAGCAGCCGCUCGGGAGCGCACUGAUGCCAAUACAAACAUGCUCAAGGAGCUAGAAAUGGUAAUCAAGCAACGACCUCGUACCACGAUAGCUGCGAAACACACGCCGCUAUCCUUCCUACGCACUCAAUUCCUUCUGUCAGUUCUUUACGACUUUCAAUUCUUCACGAUCCUGCUUUCACCUGCUAACCACUACCUACUUAUCUCAGCCUCUCCUCAUCUUCCUCUUCUCCUUCUCAUUAGCUUCUCACCGUACUCACAUACCAUCACAUCAAAAGUGAGCGUCACAAGCUGCAAACUGGUUCAAGAUUGUAUGCUAACAACUUUUUCAGUGCUUGAAGCUCGCCUAGAACAAGCCAGUCUCCUGAAGCGCGUCGUCGACGCCAUCAAGGACCUGGUCCAAGACUGCAACUUCGACUGCAAUGACUCCGGUAUCUCACUUCAGGCCAUGGACAACUCCCAUGUCGCUCUUGUCUCCAUGAUGCUCAAGGCCGAGGGAUUCUCCCCCUACCGUUGCGACCGUAACAUUGCCCUCGGUAUCAACCUGGUCUCCCUGACCAAGGUCCUGCGUGCCGCCCAAAACGAAGACAUUCUCACUCUCAAGGCUGAGGACUCUCCCGAUGCCGUCAACCUGAUGUUCGAGAGUGCCGAGACGGAUAGACUUAGCGAGUAUGAUAUCAAGUUGAUGGACAUUGACCAGGAGCACCUGGCCAUCCCGGAGACAGAGUACGCUGCUACGGUAGAGAUGCCGGCAGCAGAGUUCCAGCGUAUCUGCAGGGAUCUGAAUGCUCUCUCUGAGUCCGUUGUCAUUGAGGCCACGAAGGAGGGUGUCAAGUUCUCCUGCCAGGGUGACAUUGGCAGUGGCUCCGUCACCGUCCGUCAGCACACCAACGUCGAGAACCCCGCACAGAACGUCUCCAUCUCCCUCACCGAACCCGUCGCCCUCACUUUCUCUCUCAAGUACCUCGUCAACUUCUGCAAGGCUACCAACCUGUCGAACAAGGUCACCCUGUGCCUGUCGCAGGAGGUGCCGCUCCUCGUUGAGUAUGGCCUUGGUAGCGGUCAUCUGAGAUUUUACCUGGCUCCCAAGGUACGAUGA